AUGGCGCGCACCAAGCAGACCGCCCGCAGAGCCACCGCGGGCAUGGCCCCCAGGAAGCCGCCGGCCACCAAGGGCAAGGGCCAGGGCCAGGGCCAGGGCCAGGGCCAGGGCCAGCGCGCGCCCCCGGCCGGCGGCGUCAGGAAGCCCCACCGCUACCGGCCGGGCACGCGCGCCCUCCGCGAGAUCCGGACCUACCAGAAGUCCGCCCAGCUGCUGCUGCGCAAGCUGCCCUUCCAGCGCCUGGUGCGCGAGCUCGCCCGGGCCGUGGCGCCCGACCUGCGCUUCCAGGGCGCCGCCGUCGGGGCGCUGCAGGAGGCCAGCGAGGCCUACCUGGUGCGCCUCUUCGAGGACAGCAACCUGUGUGCCAUCCACGCCAGGCGCGUCACCGUCAUGCCCAAGGACGUGCAGCUGGCCCGCCGCCUGCGCGGAGAGCGUGCCUGA